UCAAGUGUGUCUUGUAAUCUCACUUUUACCCGUUCCUUUUUUUCAUUAUUUUUAUCUCGCUUCCAAUUAUAUAAACAACGCAUCCUUUACUAAUUUCACCAGUUCUUAUUAAUAUGAGAUAUUAUACAGUUUUAUUUCCGUUGCCGAUUUUCACGCUUUUUUUCUUACCUCACAUGAUUUUGGAUGAAAAUUGUUCCGUUGAGUAGAACUGGUGAAAUUGCCGAUUUUGUGAUUUAUCGAGAAGAUCAAAAAGAAGAGGAUCCAGAGAUGAGGGGGACACUCGUUUGGAUGGUGUGCGCGACGCUUGCCGCUGCUCAGACCCAGGAAGCUUUUAACACAUCACCACUGCCGACCCCAUCGUUCUUCACCUGUUCGGGUCGGUCGAUGGGCUACUACGCCGAUGUGGAGACCAACUGCCGUGUCUAUCACACCUGCGACGACCACGGCAACCACUUUACGCACCAUUGCCCCGAGGACACGGCGUUCCGUCAAGACGCAAUGAUCUGCGAUCACGCGUACCUCGUCGAUUGCCGAGCCAACGCGGAAAAGGGCCUACCGAUCCGCUUCAGCCAGGACAGCAACCACGACACGCUACCCUCGGAGCCUCGCGGCGAAGGUACCAACACGCGUGGCUUCGCCAGGUCUUUCAGGAUCAACCCGGAAACCAAAAACGACUCGGUGACCAGCAAGUACCCGACCUUUAGUCUCAACUCCAGUGUGUUUCUCACGAGUCGCGAGACAACGAGCAGACAACCCACGACUCGCUUCCAAGAGCCACAAACCCGCCAGCAGAAAACAGAAUCGGUUGCGCAAAACGGCAAGGACUACCAGUCGCCGACGGGGUACCGAUCGAGCGUCAAUCCAUCGCGAAACUCGGUCGUAACAACGCAAAGAGCUCCGGUUUCCGUGGAACUCCAGCCUCCCGUGGAGUCGUCCCAAACGACCCAAACCGGUGGAGAGCACCUGGACGACGAGUACUCUUUUUUGAUUCCACCUCCGGUGCGCGACGACAACUACUACGUCCAGCAGCAAAACAACUUUGAAUCCUUGAAGAACGACAACGCGCCGAGGAGCAGCUCCCAAAGCACCUUCAGAAUCGUCACGCUGGACAACUUCCAGAAGGAGGGCACGACCCUAGCUCCGCAUACCCAGACCAUUCUGGAAAUGGCCCGGUCCCGAGCCCUGGGUCGCGAGUUCAGUCCCAGCUACGCCAAGCCCGUCAAUUACCUCGAGCCACCGCACUUUAAGCCCAACUUCCAGCAGACCGGCAAAUCUAACCUCAAUUUCCAAUCCAACGAUCCCUACAAGAACACCCUCUUGUCCCUCCAGAAGCUCAGCAGAUCCUCAUCCGCUGGCCAACCAACGACUACGAUUGCCACGUCGAGGGUCCCGUCAACCAAACCACCUGUCGCCACCUCGAUCUUCGCCGUACCGGCGAAAACUCUCGUGCCGGCCGGCGACGCGGACAGCGACCCCUACUACCCGAGAUCGUCCACAACCGAGGCCUACUACACUCCCCGGUAUCGUGAACACGGCUCGAGGAAGCCAGUUUUCACGUCGACGACCAAGAGGGGCCUGACGAGCAACGCCAAGUUCGAGAUACCGGCCGUUCUACCCGAUCUGAACAGUCUGGAGGACCUGCUCGAUCGGCGAAAGUUCUUUUUCAUACCGCAAACCAAGUCGGUGUGAGUGAUUGGACGAUUGAGGUGAUCUUUUUUUACAAUUUUGUAUUUUUUUUUUUUUUUUCUUUUCGCCAGGAUAAUUAUGUAAGUAGUACAUACAGGUGUGACCACGAUGACGAUGGUUAUUUGUCGCACUUAGCUCUGGUGAUCCUGGUAAGGUGCUAAUAAUGCGGGAUCACGUUUAUUUAUAAUUACGUGCAUGCAUCGGUCUGAGCUUUGACACGAUAAUGUGCAUGAGCUUUACGAUGGGCUGUAAAUUACACGUUUGCUGACGUUUUUACGCACUUUUUGAUGAAUGUACGUUGUUUCCAUCGCACUUUUUUUUUCUCUUCUCUAUUAUUAAAUUAAUCAUUUGUUUUCGCAUUCAAUAUCUUAUUGAUUAUAAACGUGCUUGCGCAACUAUCAUAAUACAACGAUUAAAAGAAGAAUAGUGUGGAUUAUAUAUUAUAUCAGAGCAUCUAAAAAUAGUUUUUUUCAAUUAAAACUUUUUCAGUCUCGCACAUUAUUUAUACCUCUAGUUUAUUAGCUUAUCUCAUUCAGUUACUAAACGAAAACCUCAUUUUUUUAACUACCUGUUGCCAAGACAUAUCAUUUAAGAACAAUUUAAUGUACACCAUAAGUAUUCAAAAGAAGCGAUCGUAGGCGUUAUUUAUUUUACGUUGUAGUAUAUAUAUGAUAGGCUAUCCAUAUUCUUUGGUAAAUAUAAUUUUGUAAUCAAUGAUUUGGAAGACAUGGUUUUUGUACAUAAUGCUAUAUGAAAAAGAAAAAAUGUACAUUAACAUCACGUUGGA